AACACAUGUACAUCAUUUUAAUUACACUCACAUGUUUUUAUUUAAAUGGUAAUGUAAUUUGGAUUUAUCACCGCAUCUAGUCCGUUCUGUGGUCCCAAUUUGUUGGCUUGUACUUACGAUGCUUCCUUGAUCGGCAUUUUGUUUAUCCCUAAGACCUGAACGUUAUAAUUUCAUAUUGCCUUAUUCUAAUGACGGAGAAAGGGACCGAAAAUAACAAUGAACUUUUAAAGGACAAUGAUAUACCUCCAGACGCCACAAAGGCGUCCAAUUCUGGAAACAAAGCUGCUAAAGACGCCGAAAAAUAUAGGGGAGAGAGAACUUCUCUACACGAUACCUUGAAAUCUACUUCAAACAGACCAAUAACGAGCAGAAGCACGAGCUCAAGUAGUUCUGGAGCCCAGACCUCCAGUGCCCAGAAUUCACAAUCAAGAAAGGAGCUCGCACAGCAAAAGGAGGCUACAAGACUAUUACGUGAAAUUACGUCAGAUCCAGAAAUUAUGGAUCAAGCGCUCAGCGCAGCUGUGAAUCCAAAUGUAGCGAGGGAAUUAGCAAGACAAGCAGAUACAGCUUGGAGAAACAUUGAGGCAUUACCAGGUGGAUUCAGAGCAUUAUGCCGUAUGCAUCAUAACAUUCAAAAGCCAUUGUGGCAGGCUGUUAUUGGCCAGGACGCUCCAAAUAAACCAAAGACUGGGAACAACUCCAACAAUGGAAUACCAAUCAAUGAACCAUUAGAUGCACAGCCUCUACCCAAUCCGUGGAGGUCAGAUUUUAAUGCUCCAGCAUCUAAUUCUAGUAGAUUUGGAUCACUUGGGUUUAACCCUUUUGGGCCCACUAGUUCCCUCUUUAGUACGGGAAGUGGGCAGACAGCAGGGACUCUAGGUAGCACAAGCAUUGCGAGUCCAUUUUCAUUCAACACAAACAGUUUUCAAUCAGCAUCCCAGAUUGCAGAGAGUAGCGCGUCAAAAUACUCCAAGGAGAUUGCCGAAAUGGCAGAGAUGGGAUUAACUGAUCGAGAUAAGUGUCUGACUGCUUUGGAGGCGGCUGAAGGUGAUUUGUUCCAGGCGAUUGGUAUAAUUCAGAGCUUGGAUGAAUUAGAUAAUGAGGAGAACAAUGAAAAGUGA